AGCGGUGGCUGCAGCCUCGCUCUGGUCCCUGCGGCUGGCGGCCGAGCCGUGUGUCUCCUCCUCCGCCGCCGCCAUAUUGUCUGUGUGAGGAGAGGGGAGAGCGGCCACCGCCGCUGCCGCUGCCACCACAGAUUUCCCGCUGGAGUUUUCCAGCAAGGAACAGAGCAAGGUGGACAUCUUGAUUUUGGUCUUGUAGGACCCUAAGUAGAAGACCCAGCCAAGCCCACCUGACUUCUGGCCUAUAGAAACUUUUAAAGAAAACAGGUCUGAAACAAGGUCUUAUCCCCAGCUGCUUCUGAACACAGUGACCACCAGAUCUCCAAACAUCAAGUCCACCUUCGUUCGCCAACCUGUCUGACAUGUCGGGACCCGUGCCAAGCAGGGCCAGAGUUUACACAGAUGUUAAUACGCACAGACCCCGAGAGUACUGGGAUUAUGAGUCACACGUGGUGGAGUGGGGUAAUCAAGAUGACUACCAGCUGGUUCGAAAAUUAGGCCGGGGUAAAUACAGUGAAGUAUUUGAAGCCAUCAACAUCACAAAUAAUGAAAAAGUUGUUGUUAAAAUUCUCAAGCCAGUAAAGAAGAAGAAAAUCAAGCGUGAAAUAAAGAUUUUGGAGAAUUUACGAGGCGGUCCCAACAUCAUCACACUGGCAGACAUUGUAAAAGACCCUGUGUCACGAACCCCUGCCUUGGUUUUUGAACACGUAAACAACACAGACUUCAAGCAAUUGUACCAGACGUUAACAGACUAUGAUAUUCGAUUUUACAUGUAUGAGAUUCUGAAGGCCCUGGAUUAUUGUCACAGCAUGGGAAUUAUGCACAGAGAUGUGAAGCCCCAUAAUGUCAUGAUUGAUCAUGAGCACAGAAAGCUACGACUAAUAGACUGGGGUUUGGCUGAGUUUUACCAUCCUGGCCAAGAAUAUAAUGUCAGAGUUGCUUCCCGAUACUUCAAAGGUCCUGAACUACUUGUAGACUAUCAGAUGUACGAUUAUAGUUUGGAUAUGUGGAGUUUGGGUUGUAUGCUGGCAAGUAUGAUCUUCCGGAAGGAGCCAUUUUUCCAUGGACACGAUAAUUAUGAUCAGUUGGUGAGGAUAGCCAAGGUUCUGGGGACAGAAGACUUAUAUGACUAUAUUGACAAAUACAACAUUGAAUUAGAUCCACGUUUCAACGAUAUCUUAGGCAGACACUCCCGUAAGCGAUGGGAACGCUUUGUCCACAGUGAAAACCAGCACCUUGUCAGCCCUGAGGCCUUGGAUUUCUUGGACAAGCUGCUGCGAUAUGAUCACCAGUCACGGCUCACGGCAAGAGAGGCCAUGGAGCACCCCUAUUUCUAUACUGUUGUGAAGGACCAGGCUCGAAUGGGCUCGUCUAGCAUGCCGGGGGGCAGUACGCCUGUCAGCAGCGCCAAUAUGAUGUCAGGGAUUUCUUCAGUGCCAACCCCUUCACCCCUUGGACCUCUGGCAGGCUCACCAGUGAUUGCUGCUGCCAACCCCCUUGGGAUGCCUGUUCCAGCUGCCGCUGGCGCUCAGCAGUAACAGCCCCUUCUGUCUCCUGAUGCCUAAGCAGAGGUGGGGGGAGUCUGCGCUCUCCUUGAUGCAGCUUGCGCCUGGCGGGGAGGGGUAAAAUACUUCAGAAGCACCGUGUCUGAACCGUUGCUUGUGGAUUUAUAGUAGUUCAGUCAUAAAAAAAAAAUUAUAAUAGGCUGAUUUUCUUUUUUUUUUCUUUUUUUUUCCUUUUUUUUUUUUAACUCGAACUUUUCAUAACUCAGGGGAUUCCCUGAAAAAUUACCUGCAGGUGGAAUAUUUCACGGACAAAAAUUUUCCCUCCUUUCAAAUUCAGUUUCUCAUCACUAAAGAACAAAGAUGAACCAGCCUCAAUCCCGGCUGCUGCAUUUGGGUGGAGAUAUUUUUCCAUGUCCACCACUGCUCCCCCACCAUCCCACACUAUGGGGGGUUAAUAUCUCAUGCUCUUCUCCAGAGAUUACAAAAAUGUAGCUUCUUCAAGGGAGGUGGGAAGGAAGGAGGAAGCCCAAGCUUAAGGCCAAGCUACAAGAGCAGUGUACUGCUGGUCACUUUACUCCAAGUGCUUCAGUGGGGUUGUCCUGGUGAAUUUAGUGGAAAUAUGUCUUUGUUUCAUUGAGAUGCUGAAAAUCUCCCCAAAGUGCAGACAGGUCCUGAAAACUUCUGUUGGAUAUGAAUCAUGUCUUACUGACCUAACCCUAAAUCCAACUCACUUCUGCUUUUAGUUUCAGUUCUGUUAAUACCUUCCCUCCUGGGCUCCUUACCUUGCUCCUCUCCUCUCUCAUCUCCCCGUGUGCUCUGUAGCUGGUGGGAGAGGAAGGAGACAUCUUUUCCAGUUUUCUGUGACUUGGCCAUUUUGAAUUCAGUUACUUACUGGGCUUAACUUAUUGCUUUUUACAAAAGAAAAACAUUGUCUGUAUAGGUUUCAUGCUAGCAACUCUUUAAGAGCGAAUGGAAGAUGUGGCCACACCAGGUUUCAUCGUAAGCUUUCUACCUUCUUUUCUUCUUUAUUCCCCUUCCUUCACAUGCCAUCCAGUGAGAAGACCUGCCCCUCAGUCUUGUAAAUGUAUCUGAGACGUAGGAGCAGAGCCACUAUCUCCAGUGAGCCCGACGUGGUAGACCUGUAAUUGUGGGGACUCUGAGCUCUCUUGCUACAGCCCUGCCACCCUGCUGUGUGUAUAUAUGUAAUACUCUGUCCUUCAUAUGUGAAAGAUCCAGUGUUGGAAUUCUUUGGUGUAAAUAAACAUUUGGUUUUAUUUAUCAA